UGCGUUUUCCUCCGCCGCCGAAGAUGGAUGUGGAGCGUUGAAGCUGGCGCCGCCGCGCGCUCGGCCGCUGGACUGUGGAGGAAACACGCGGACGUUAUAAGGGAUAACAGCAAAGACGUUGUGCUUAUAGGAUUUUUAUUAUUAUUAUUUAUUUAAUUUGAAAAAAGGAAUCAGCUCGUUUGGCCAGCCUGACGGAUGUAAAGGAGCUGGAUAACUAUCGACACCCAUCAUCACCAUCAUCAUCGUCAUCUGGGGCCGGUCUGAACGCGAUGUCAGAGGUGAAGCCUCUACAGGUCAGUAGACCCUCACUGAUUGGAGACAUGUUCUGAGCACGUCACAUCCGUCAUCAUGAAAGGGUUAGGAGCCAGCCGAAGUCGUCACCUGUCUGACUCAUGUGAACCGACAGGGUGCCCUCAGAAGCCAUUAUGUCCCUUGGCAUCUGACCCUCACGGCGCCUUCCUGUUGAGUCCUACAAUAAACCACUAUGGCACUCUGGACCCACAUCUCCACCACUACACUCCCACCAGUCCCACCUCCCUAACCCCUGAAUGCCUGCUGCCCUUCAGCCAGAUUCCCAACAGCAGCACUUUCCCCCGCCUGCACAUUACCCCCCAGGCUGACCAGAUCGACUGCACCCAGGCCUGCAUGGCUGGCGGUGGAGUUGGACAGGGCAGCAGGGCAGGUACUCUGUCCACCUCCUUGUCCAUGGGGAUGGGAUUGGGUCUAGGUCUGACCGGCGCGCCGAUGAUCACAAGCGGAUCUGCCACCAUCUCCUCUGCAGCAGCGGCCAAGAUGAACCGCUUACCCUCCAGCCUUUUGGAUCAGCUCGAGAGGCACCUCCCUCUGCAGCGAGACGGCUUCAGCACGCUGCAGUUCCACAGAGGACGCAUGUCCAAGCAGCGCAGCGAGAGUCCAGGACGGAUACGCCAUCUCAUGCACUCCGUCCAGAAGCUGUUCGCCAAGUCGCAGUCGUUGGAAAACUCUGCUUUGAAAGGGAGCAUAAACUCUGCUGCGGGGAGUGAGGAUGGAGGGAGGCAAAGCCGCAGGAGCAAGAGUAAAGACAGGGCUAAGACCGAAGAACCCAAACACAAAGCUAGACCGAACACGUUAAGCCUCUGGAGCUCAGAUGACACCCUGGACACUGACGCUAUCAAAGCUGGCACUAUAGCUGUCGGUUACCGCAACCCGUUGAGCAUGAUGACCCUCAGCAGAGCGGUGUCAGACAGCCAGACGGCUCUCAGACAUAUCCCACAGGGCUACAACACCAUUUCUGCUCAUUCUCUCAAGACCUCAAAAAGCAGCAGUGACCUCAAGUUCCUGGCAUGUCCGUCAGUGCAGGUGGGAGCCAAGGAGGAAGAGCUCAGGACCAGGGGGAGCAAGGAUGACAUGGUGGUAAAGAGAGGCGCUUGGUCCACACUCACUCUCAGUCAGGCCAGGCAAGUGUUGCAAAAGGGCUCUGCUACAGUGAACAGGACUCUGCUGAAGACUAAGUCAUGCCAUCAAGACCUGACUCAGCAGUUCCUUCAGGUCCCCAUGGAGGACUGGUCAGGAACGUUGGGUCAGGGGCGAACUAAAGGAAGUGAGAUCCCGUGCAGGAGGAUGCGCAGCGGCAGCUAUGUGAAAGCAAUGGGAGACCCAGAAGACAGCGAGGAGUCAGAGGGCAGUCCCAAACCUUCUCCUAAAUCUGCAGCUCGUCGCCAGAGCUACCUGAAGGCCACCCAGCACUCUCUGAGCGAGCAGCAGCCUCCAGCACCCCCACGCAAGCCCCGCUGCUACAUUCUCAUGCAGGAGGAUUAUCUGUGGUCUCCUCUGCAGAGUGCGUGCUCUAUGCAGCAUCUGAGCUCUCUGCCAUCCCUGAAAGAGCUGUCCACUAAUCGAAGUCUUGAUAACUUGGACUGCCUGGUGGGCCCCCUGGAAGUCCCACCACGUCACAGGAAUGAUUUCAGCCAAUGCUCUAGCACACUGGGCAGAAGCUUCGGCCCUCAGGUAUGCGUGCAGGGCUGUGGGCUCUCGCUGCCGUACUCUGAGGGAGAGUCGCAGGCCGUGGAGGCUCUGGACCUGCCUGCGCCCACGUGCUUCCGCUCCCGCAGCCACAGUUACCUGCGGGCCAUCCAGGCGGGCUGCUCCCAGGAUGAGGACACAGCUUCUCUGGACUCAGAGACACCACCGCCGACCAGUGCGAGCUACACCUCCAACACCCUCAGCAAUAGAAAGGCUCCUCCAGUCCCACCUCGCAUCACCUCCAAGCCCAUCAUCUCAGUGACGUUGCAGAGCAGCACAGAAUCUGCUCAAGACACUUAUCUCGACCAGCAGGACCGAGGCAGCGAGGCGAACAGCCAAUCAGGACGCAGCAACUCCUCCGACAGUCUCUGUAGCAUCCGCACGAGCAGCUUGGCCAAGGGGAUCCAGUCUCUAAUAGGCCCUGCUGCAACCAUUGCACCUGCUGCAGGCUCUGGGCCCCCUGUUCCAGCUCCUCGUGACCUCCCUUCUACCACCACUGUUGCUGCCACCUCUACCACCAAUACCACCACUUCCACAUCGACCCAAUCCCAACAUGACACCGUGAACAUUAGCAUCGUCCUAGAACAGCCCCCAACUGCACCCAAGAGGAAGCUGUCUUCUAUAGGAGUUCAGGUGGAUUGUCUUGUUCCAGUCCCAAGGGAAGAGCCAUUACUUCUGUUUACGCCUCUAAAGUUUCAGUCAAUUGGAGUUCAAGUUGAGAACGGCAGGCCUCUCAGCCGGGACAGCAGCAUGGCCUCCAGACAAAACACAGAAACUGAACCUCAGUUGCAAGAUGCCACACCCACAGAAAACACAACCAACUGCACCAACAGUCUGCCUGUGAAUGCCACUGCAACCAACGGACAGGACAAAGCCAUGGAACAGCAACUCCUUAAACACACAUCAGCCCCAUCGAGGAUAUCCAACUCGUCUGCAGAGACGCUGGAUCCAGCUUUAGAUCCCUCCUCUCUACCACCACCAGAUCCCAGCUUAGAGUGUGGAAACUGCAGCAUGCAGGGCGAUGCUGUUCACUCCAGCACGCCAGCAUGCCUCAGAGAUGGCAACUGGUUUCUGAAGCUGCUGCAGGCUGAAACGGGCCGUAUGGAGGGCUGGUGUCAGCAGAUGGAGCAGGAAACCAAAGACAACAAGCUCUCAGAGGAGGUGUUGGGGACAAUCCGCAGUGCAGUCGGCAGUGCUCAGCUCCUCAUAUCACAGAAGUUUGAGCAGUUCAGAGGGCUCUGCAAUGAGAAUCUGAACAUCAGUGCCAACCCAAGACCAACAGCACAGGACCUGGCAGGCUUCUGGGAUCUGCUCCAACUUUCAAUAGAAGAUAUAAGCAUGAAGUUUGAUGAGCUCUACCAACUGAAAGCCAACAACUGGCAGCUUCCUGAGAAGACUGAGAAAAAGGAUGAAAACAAACAGCUUCCAUCAUCGGCGCCAAAGAAACAGUCAAAGCCCCGGCUGUCAACAGGGAAGGACAGGAGCGUGGACUCUGCCGUGGACAAGCAGCGGCAAGAAGCCAGAAAACGGUUGAUGGCGGCAAAGAAGGCAGCGUCAGUACGACAGAACUCUGCCACGGAAAGUGCUGACAGUAUCGAGAUCUAUGUCCCUGAGGCCCAGACCCGCCUCUGAGACUGAGCCAGCAGCAAACGUCACGCAGAAAUCACGACUCGCUCCAGAUAUUUGUCGACACAAAUGCACAGUUCUGAGACGAACACACAUCAUCAAACGUACAGUGGAUGCACAGAGGUCGAGCUCUUUUAGCACAGCUGAUUGCAGAGACGUGACGAUCACAGGGCACUGUAAUAAUCCAGUUUGUCAAUCAGCUGCUGUGGGACAGAUAAAUCUUUACAGAUGUUUAUUACUAUUGUUAUUGUUAUUAUUGUUCAUAUUGUUAUAAUUAUCUCAAAGUAUUUCAGGACUGUCUUUAAUUGUGCAAGUCUCUUGGAUUAGGAAGUAAUGUACCUUGUGAGCUGAAGAAUCUUGGUAUCCCAGAAGUUUACUCUCUCAAUUCCUUUCACUGCGAAGUCUGCCGGCAAAUAGUGGCUGUGCAGUUUGAGCGGAGCUACCAUCCACACACACUCAGGACACACACGCAGGUGUACUCACUGUCCAGAGUCUUCCUGUUCUCUCUCUCGGCAUUUGGCUGUCGCUCACGUGUGGCGUGAGCGCGUUACUGUGUAAUUUAUGCGAUGGAGUUAAAGUACUCGGAGGUUUGAAAUGAAGAGAACCAGAGGAAGGCAGUAGCAUAUAUUAAUAUCACACUAUUAUAAUGUUCAUUUUGUAAAUGUUGUAUACCAGAUUUAUUGUUAGAAAGAGGUCAGUGUUCAGCACCAAGGUAGUUUUUUAUAAAUCAAAUACAUUUACUGUCAUUUAUUAGCACUUGAUGCAAAAUAUUCACUCCAUCUAUUUGAUCUUUCACUCCUUCACCAACAUUCUCCACACACUCUGUGAAUCCCCUGUUAAAGUCUUAAAUAGUUUUUUUAAUUCGUAUAUUUUUGAGAGGUGAGAUAAAAGAAAUGACUGCCUAGCCAGUGAGCUAUAAUGGAAUGUAAGAAUUGCCUGCAUUUACAGCUCAUAAUGACUUGAUCGCUGCACUUUCAGUUCACAUCAGAUCAAGUUUGCCCAUUUUUGAUUUUAUUUUUUUAAUUCUUUAUCAUUCUGAUUUUCACUGCAUCCUCGUGAUGCAGAGGACCAAGACAUUCACUACUUUAAUAAGGCAUUCCCAUUCAACCAGUGUGUGUAAGGGUUUGUUUGCUCCUGGAAAACAACAGCAAAGCAAUAAUUUGAUUCAGUUUCAAUCAUGUAAUCAAUAUCUGCAGUAGGAAUUUUCUGACAUGAAGUAUGAAUGUUAUUUUGCUAUGAACAUUGCUCUUGAUCUGAAAAACAAACAAAAAUCUCAGGUUGAAGACUCAAUCCUAAAAACCACUGAGUGGAAGAUUUGUUGUAUAAGCUUAAGAAUUGGCCAUAUGCUCAGAACCUCUGCAUAGUGCUCCAUGUUUCUCCAGAUCUGCUCAGUGUUCCUCCAGGACAAGUUUUAUUUUUUUAAGAUGUGCACUAAUGUACAUUUUUCACCUGACGGCUGAAAUCAUUUGUCUUUUUGGCUGUUUUUGCUUGCGGCAAAUUCCCCACCUACUUUUCUUUCUACCAAAAACUGAUACUUUUAGUUGUAUUUUCACACAUUUUGUGACAACUUUUUAUGGAAGACAGCCUAAAUAGGCCUAGUAUUCCUUAAAGGAAUGCACACCACUCAUCACCUUUUAUGAGUUUUAAACUAAAAUCAUGUCGAGAUGAUGGGGUUGUAGCAGUUUUGGUCAAACAUUGAAAUGAACGUGCAAUGUCAUCGAAAAUCGCAACGUCACGCCAAGAGUGUGUGUUGCAAAUGACUCCGCUGCUACUACAUCAUGUUUUUGUACGAUAUUUGUAAAAUUGACUGAAGUGUAGCCAUUUUUGAUUUCUCAUGUCAGUUGGCUGUGGUAGCCAUCUUGAAUUGGGUUGGCUCUUAAAGUUAAUCAGUUGUAGAUAGAUUCUGUGAGCUUCGUUAAAAUCCGUCCAGUAGUUCAUGAGAUGUUUUGCUAACGGACAUGGCAAGAACAAUAUUUCCUUUGGCAGUGGGCAAUAAUUAUAUUUAAUGCAAAGGACUUUGUUUUGUCCCAAGAUGGCAUCAAUCACUAUUUUGAUUUUAUUUAAAAAUAAUAAUUUAAAUGUUAUUAAAUCUUUUAUAAAUUCAACUACUUGUCCUUUUUUCUCUCUCUCUCUCAAUCUCUAUCUCUCUCUCCUCUCCUGAAAACGGUUACUUCAGACCAUUUCGUACUUUUUCUUCCUUGUUUGAAACUCUUCCUCUGUGGAACUGGACCACUUUCAGUGUCCAUUUUUUCUCACGGUUUAAAGAGUUCAUGAAGACAUCAUUCACAUCAGUUUUCUUUUUGCUUUCUAAAAGCUGCUUCUCCCCCUAGUGGUCGGUCCAGGUGCGCCUCUCAUCACAUGUUCAGCACCAUUUUGAAUCAGGUUAUUAAUGGAGAAAUGUAGUUGAACUGGGAAUGCUGACACAACACUGCGUUGUUGCUUUUCUUCUCUUUGUAAAACAUUCAAACUGGACAUGUGCACCUCAUUGUCCAAAGAAAUCAUUAAACAUCCCUUUGCUACAUGU